CAAAACAAAAAGUCCAGCUGGUUUUUACUGAGAAGCACUAUCACCUAGUUGGAUGGAAAUCUGCACAGACACGUCUUUUAAGUCACUGAAGGUUGAUGAUUAUGUUAGAACUUAAAGUUAAAAAGGGUCUUUCAGAUGAUUGCAGAGCCAGCCCUGUGAGCAGACGGGCUCAGCGCCGUGGACGUGCCCGCUGCUCGGCCUCGUGGCUGCGGGCCCUUUAAGAAGAGGGGAGGAGGCGCGGCGGAGCAUCUUGGCUGCGGUGUUUUUGUCUCUCUGUCAGUGAGCGCUCCCGGGCCGAGGCGGCUGAAAGGAUUUCCAGAGGGCAGGUGCUGACUGUAAGAGGGCAAAAAAAAGGAAGGGAGAGCAAGGAGCCUGGGGAGGAGAGAUCCCGUCCUCGCGGCGCAAGCAGCUGGUGAGAGUUUGCGUGUGACUGUUUGGAAAGCAGCCACAGACUCAUUAUGGCUCAGGUGCUGCAUAUGGACCCCGGCUUCCCAGGGAAACUCAACCCGCCUGCUCCUCCUUCCCUGCACACCAAAGAACAGGAGGCGCCCUACUCAGUGGAGACCCCCUAUGGCUACCGUCUGGACCUAGACUUCCUCAAAUAUGUUAAUGACAUCGAGAAGGGGAACACUAUCAAGAAGGUGCCUAUCCAGCGGCGGCCACGCUAUGGCUCCCUGCCCCGCGGCUAUGGCUACGCUGGCUCGUGGUGGACCUCCACAGAGUCUCUGUGCUCCAACACCAGUAUGGACAGUCGCCAUUCCUCCUACUCUUACUGUGCUCCUGGCUACCACACGUCACAGAGACCGAGUUUUAGCACUGCCCGGGUGGAGAAGACCCUGUUAGAUGCCCGCAGGAAGCUGGAAGAGGAGAAAGAAGGACGGAGAUUCUCCAACCUGGGUAGCAUGCACAGCAGUGUAGCUGGCUCCAACACCUCCCUCAGCAGUGCACACAGUUUCAACCGGGCACAUGGUGGAGGUGGAUCCUUCACCCCUAUGAGUUCUGGCCUGUCCACCCCAGUGACUCCAACGCCUGCCCACUUGCAACAUGUCAGGGAGCAGAUGGCUGCAGCCCUCAGAAAGAUAAGGGAGCUGGAGGAGCAGGUGAAGACCAUCCCUGUGCUGCAGGUUAAAAUAUCUGUGCUGCAGGAGGAGAAACGGCAGCUCAGCGUGCAGCUGAAGAGCCAGAAGUUCUUGGGUCACACUCUGGGUUUCAGCCGGGGUCGUUCUCGAGGGGAGCUCUACAUCGACAUCCCAGAAGAAGAAGCGAGCACUGGAGCUAAGAGCAGCAACAAACCAGCAGGGCCACUGUCUCCCACCACACCUGAAGGCUCCAAGCAAGACUCAGGAUGUGAGAUUGAGGACACGGUGAUCGUAGGUGGAGCACGACCAGAUGCGAAAUGUGAAGUGCGCACCAUCGGAGUGGGACCAGAGGACUCAAUAGGCAGUUGUCAUGUGGGAGUCUGGGUUCGGGAGAAGGACCUGGGGCUGCUGCCCGAGACGGAGGCUCUGAAAGAUCAAGUGGGUCAACUUGAGGGCCAGCUAAAGAGAACAAUGCAGGAGCUGCAACAACAGCAAGUUGCAGCAUUACAGAAGGGGCCUCAGGCAGAGCACCCAGUCAUGGCGACCAGCUUGGGCUGGCAGGAGCCACAAGGCUGCAGCCUGCACACUCUAGUCAGCUUCACACAGCAGCCACAACAGAGGGAACAGAGAACUGUGGGAAUCCAGGUUUACACACUGGAGCAGCCUACUGUGGUGGAGGUGGGCACACGGCUCCGAGCAGAGACCUGCAGCUCCCCCACUCCUCAGCCAGUUGUAGGAGUCGUGGAGGGCCACCACAAAGGACAACCUGAAGAUUCUCCAGUUGAGUUGCCAAUUGCAGUCAGCUCCAAACAGGUGCGUGAUGUCCUGAAGAGCGGCCUGUCCACCUCGGUACCUGUAGCUAAUCCUGCCAUCGCUGUAGCAUCCGGUAAUCAGAUUGGUUUGAUGCAUUCUAAAGAAGAAGAGACACACCUGCAUACAACCAAUGAGUCACAAGAGGGUUUAUCGAAGGCAGCCUCAUCUCCACAGUCCUCUCUGAGAUCCAUAAUGAAGCGGAAAGCAGAAGGUGAACCAGGCUCGCCCUCGAUGAAGAAAAACUUACAGUUCAUCGGAGUCAAUGGAGGCUAUGAGUCCACAUCAUCAGACGACAGCAGCAGCGAGAGCUCAGACGAGGGAAGUGACUCCAGCGAAUAUCACGAAGCCAGAGAAAAACUACCAGAAUCUACGGUCCAGCACCAGCAGACAGCCCUCAACAAGGCCUCCCAGCCACCAGAAAACACCGGUGUACCUCAGCAAACUGCCGUCCCGCUGCCAGCUGCCAUUCCAGACUCACACAGUCCCAGCCAGGCUGCAACCGUAGACGCAAAACUGCACGACCAAGUGCCCCAUUCACCAGCGGCAGACACUGCUGUGCAACAAUGUGCCUCACAACCACCAGCAUCAGACCCCUCCUCGACUCCCUCGUGCCCCACAUAUGAUUCUGCCUCUAAAGAGACUGUCGAACAAUCAUCAGAAAAGCACACCCAGGAGAGCACCUCUGUAUCAUCGAGCACUGAAACGUCACUCACCUGUUCUUCAUCGCCAUGUGUCACUAAAACCACUGAAAUUACCAAGCAGCAAUACACCGUCCAGUCAGAAACACCUGUCCCCACCAGUCAGUCGGAGUCCAAGCCAGCAGCUGAAAGUCCUUCGAACGACGCUGCCGUGACAGCUUCCAAACAAGUCAGACUGGAGCUGAGCGACGGCCUCAUGUCAGCUUUAUAUACCCUGCAGAAAGCCCUGGGGGAAACCAAUGCCUUCAGCCAGCAAGGAGCGAGGGCAGCCUACACCGCUGUGCUGCAGGAGUGGUUGCGUGUCUCCUGUCACAAAGCAGCCAACACGGCAGUUGUCAAGGCCUAUAUGGACACCUUCGCCUCAAUCUCCCCUCAGCUGCUGGAGUUUGUGAUCAACAUGGCAGACGGCAAUGGCAAUACAGCGCUCCACUACACCGUGUCUCACUCCAACUUCCCCGUAGUGAAGCUUCUGCUGGACACCGGCCUGUGUAACGCUGACAAGCAGAACAAGGCGGGCUACACGGCCAUCAUGCUGACAGCUCUGGCCGCCUUCCACUCCGACAGUGACCUUCAAACUGUCCUGCAGCUGCUGCGCACGGGGGACGUCAACGCCAAGGCCAGCCAGGCCGGACAGACGGCGCUGAUGCUCGCGGUCAGUCACGGUCGAGGGGACAUGGUUCGGGCGCUGCUUUCCUGCGGGGCGCAAGUCAACAUCCGCGAUGAUGACGGUUCCACGGCGCUCAUGUGUGCCUGUGAACACGGUCAUGUGGACAUAGUGCGUCAGCUUCUGUCUGUGCCUGGCUGCGAUGCUACUCUCACCGAUAAUGAUGGCAGCACUGCUCUGUCCAUCGCCCUGGAGGCCAGUCAGAACGACAUUGCCGUGCUUUUGUACGCUCACCUCAACUUUGCGAAGCCUCCUUCACCCGUUUCACCUAAAUCUCCUCUUCUGGGUUCUUCUCCUCCUGCUGGUGAACCAAAAUAAACCCCACCCCUGCAGCCAGACAGCUACUCCACUGAUGUUUAUUCAUCCAUGUAAUUAAGAGAAACAUUGAGUUUGUUUGUGUGUUUGUUUUCACCCUAAAUAAUUUAAGUACAAUAUAGUGUGCAGAUAAUUACAUGACAGCUAACACUAUUGUUAUUCAUUGCUCUUUGUACUCAGCAGUUUUAAUCUCAGUGGUGGUUGAAAACGCGGAUUUCUGCUCCGAAUAUUUAACAGCCGUCAGUCUAGUCCUGCAUUAAUCCAGUUGUCAGCACUGUUUUUUGUGGCACAAGUCAAAACUGUUCACCAAAAUGUCAUUAUACAGUUCAUUAUUACAUACAUUUCUUGCUGUAUUUCAUAUCAAUCUUCUAUUAGAUGCAUAAUAGAACAAUGUGUUUUCAUUGUACAGUAGCUGUAGCACCAUUAUGUGUGACCCUCGCCAUCAUUUGGAAUAACAAAAGCCACCCCUCUCAUGGAUAAGUGUCCUUGCAUCAACUAACUCAUUGGUGCUACAAAAUCUAAUAGAGAAGACACCACUUCAACAGUAUGUCAGUAUUUAUACACAGGAUUUAUUUACUCUAGAGUAUUUUUGAUAGUGAUUUUUUUAUUCUGACUUAAUUCAGGACCUCUGAGGAUCACAAUUUCAAUUCCCAGCCAAUGCUUAACUUACUACACCUUUUUAGCCUGAACAUUAAUGUUAUGUGUGACCAUGUUUCCCAAAUUCAACCCAAAGAUCAUCAGCUCCGUGACACUGGAUGUUUUGGUGAUAAUAUGAACACAGGCGUUUUAGUAUCACUGCAAAGAAACCACCAUUACUCUCCGAAGGCUACGGUACUAUGGUCUUUGUAUUUUCCUACAUGAGGGUGCUUUGGAUGGUUGUAAGGAAAGAAUAGAGUGUGUCUAUGUUUGUAUUGUUGUGUGCAUUAUCAGAUUUAACAAGACGUUGUUGAGAAACAACUGAAAGCACUGGUGAAGCCAGUAAGAUUUGUCAGGGAAUCAGAAAGUGAGUGAUUUGGGGCCUAAAAGGACGUGCCAUGUAAGAUAUGAAUGUUAAAAUAAUAUAUGUCCAUAUAAACUGGUAAUUAUUAUGCCUAAAAUCUAACUCCUUGAACAAAAAUGCAUAGGCUAUUGAUGUCAAAAUUUCUAUUACUUUUUGAAAGAUGUUUUCACAGAUUUCAUAUUCACUUUUGAGCAAUUAAAUUUUUUAUAAAAUUACAAAUCCUUUUUUAAUUUAAUUACCUAUCUUUUUAUACAUUUAGAAUUUUUAAGCUCACUCCUUUAUGUAGUCGCACAGCUCUGUAGUUUGUUUUAUGAUGGUUUCUGUAAAAUUAUAGAUUGUGUGUCUCCUCUUCGAAUUUGUGCAUUUUUGGAAAGCAGUUAAUAAAUGUGGACCACAUGUUUCUAUUGCA